UGUAUUUGGGAUUCCUAGUUUUAUUUAGGGUUUCGUGAGUUAAAUCGCUCAAAACGAGGCUAUGCUCCCCUUGUUUGUCCUCAUUUUCAUCGUUCUUCUUGGCUCUUAUGUUCAGAUCAAGUGUAUUGAAACUCGAUUGCCUCGAUAAGUCCUUGUUAUUGCCUGUCUCCCCUGCCACUGAAGAUCCAUAUUCCCUUUUCCUUCUCUCCAAAGUUUGGUGGUGGCUGUGACAGAAUGGUUCUUCGAAUAGUUUAGCCACCGUCCACGUCUCGCCACCUCCCGUCAUCGUGACGUCCGCGCACACACUCAUGGGAUACCUUAGGCAGCGCACUUGAUUGUCCAGAAAUUUGCCAUCCCACGUUCGGCCAACACCUUGGCUUCGCGACUCCGGCCAAAUCACACGUGGGAGGGUGCCACAAGAAAAAUCAGUUUGGAAAUUAAAACCCGCAAAGAGGGGAUUGGAUUGGCCAAUCCACCGUUGUGCUAGAGCUUUGGAUUUGCAGGCAAGGCGUCCAAAAUGAUAACAAUCCCGUAUUUGACUGCCUUGACCACCUACUUCAGCUACGGCUUGCUUUUUGCCUUCGGACAAUUCCGUGACUUUUUUAGGAAAAUCUUUGAUUGGUGGCGCGCUAACAAUCUUCAGGGAUAUGCGCCCAUCUGUUUAGGACUUGAAGAUUUCUACACUCGUCGAUUGUAUCUUCGUAUCCAGGACUGUUUUGGAAGACCAAUAGCAAGUGCUCCUGAUGCUUGGUUUGAUGUGGUUGAACGUUAUUCCAAUGACAACAAUAAGACAUUAAAGCGAACCACGAACAUAAGUCGGUGUCUCAAUUUGGGAUCAUACAAUUAUCUAGGUUUUGCUGCAUCGGAUGAAUAUUGCACACCACGUGUGAUCAAGUCUUUGAAAAGGUUCUCCCCAAGUACCUGUAGUGCUCGUGUGGAUGGAGGAACUACAACAUUGCAUACUGAACUGGAGGAGCGUGUUGCAAACUUCGUUCAAAAGCCUUCUGCCAUUGUCUUUGGCAUGGGCUAUGUGACAAACUCUGCCAUUCUUCCAGUCCUGAUUGGAAAGGGAGGAUUGAUAAUUAGUGAUUCCCUAAACCACAACUCAAUUGUGAAUGGUGCUCGGGGUUCAGGAGCUACAGUUCGAGUUUUCCAACAUAAUACUCCAUUGCACUUGGAGAAAGUUUUAAGAGAGCAAAUUGCUGAGGGACAACCCAGGACCCAUAGACCUUGGAAGAAGAUUAUUGUUAUUGUGGAAGGGAUAUACAGUAUGGAGGGGGAGCUCUGCAAACUUCCAGAAAUUGUUGCUAUAUGCAAAAAAUACAAGGCUUAUGUCUACUUGGAUGAGGCUCAUAGCAUUGGAGCAGUUGGAAAAUCAGGGAGAGGUGUUUGUGAGCUCUUGGGAGUGGACACUGCUGAUGUAGAUAUCAUGAUGGGAACAUUUACAAAAUCUUUUGGGUCAUGUGGUGGUUAUAUUGCUGGAUCCAAGGAGCUUAUACAAUAUCUUAAGUACUCUUGCCCAGCUCAUCUUUAUGCAACAUCCAUAUCACCUCCAGCUGCACAACAAAUCAUAUCUGCCAUAAAGGUUAUUCUUGGAGAGGAUGGUACAAGCAGAGGAGCUGAGAAACUGGCACAAAUACGUGAAAACAGCAACUUUUUCAGAUCAGAGCUGCAGAAGAUGGGCUUUGAGGUUCUUGGAGACAAUGAUUCUCCCGUAAUGCCUAUAAUGCUUUACAAUCCAGCAAAAAUCCCUGCCUUUUCUCGGGAAUGUCUCAUGCAGAAGGUUGCUGUUGUGACGGUUGCUUUUCCAGCUACCCCUUUAUUGUUGGCCAGGGCACGUAUUUGCAUAUCAGCCGCGCAUACCAAGGAAGACCUUGUCAAAGCCUUGGAGGUUAUAAGUCAAGUCGGUGAUUUGGUGGGGAUUAAGUACUUCCCCGCGGAGCCCGAGAAGCAGGAGCAGCUGAAGGAGAUGAUCAAGAUGGAUUGAAUACUUCCAAGUUGUUUGUUUAGUGUUUGAACGAGGAUCAAACUAAUGGUUGUGCUAGUGUUCAUGCCGGAGAAAUGGGGUGUCUUCUCGUGUUCUUAAAUGGAUUUUUUUGGUAAUUUAAUAAUGUAUAGGCACUGCUGUAAUUAUUUUUUAUUUGAUUAUGCCAUCUUUCAUCGAUUGGGUUAAAAAUUAUCUAUAAUUAUAAUGGAGAUUGGGACAACAAUUCGUAAA